CCAAACCAACAUGGCUUGACCCCUCUGAUGCUGGCUGUGAGAGACGUGGACCUGUUUGAGAGUCUUAAUGUGUUAACAGUUUACAGACCUGCAGAAGUUCUGUCUGAGCUCCUUAGACAUCACGCGGACCCUAAGCUCUGUGAUUUUAGUGGAAAAUCAGCAAUACAUUAUGUGUCCCAAAUAGAGAGUUUGAGGAAACAGCAGUUAUUGGAUAUUCUAAUGAGUUCAAUGCCCAAACCAGAAAGACAUGCUGAAUCAUUGCUUGACAUUUGUCAUGAUACAAACUCUUCUCCAACUGAUAAGAUGACAGUUACUAAAAAUCAGAACAUAAUCUUGCAAAGCAUCAGCAGCAGUGAGGAGUCUGACCAAGAUGACGACUGCAGUCACGCUAUCCUGGUUAGUGAAGAAAGGGAUCCCAGCGGUGACAGACAGCACUGGCAGCCCAGGACAGAAGGUGUUGAGAUCAUUCUGACUUUUCCAAAAGAUGUCAGUCAUUCCCAAGAAAUGAGCCAAGAAGAUUUAAAAGAAAACAAUCAGACAGCUCCAAUGCAUCUAGAAUGGGUACCAGCACAUUCAGUUUCUCCUCCAAAUGAAAUUGAGAUGGUGGACCUCAGGACAAAGACUCUAGCUACACAGCCUUUACUUCUGAAGAAAGAGGAAAGUUCCAAGGAGCUCCUCGACGUGAACUUGGGCUUUUUGACGCCAAGACCUUGUUUAGAACCAAAUAUCUCCAAGUCUGUAACCAGAGAAGAUGUUCCUCAUUUCCUGAAGGGGCAGCAAAGAAAAUCGGGAGAGUUUUCUACUUCGGACAUGAAGUACAGCAGCCAAAGAAAUGAGUUCCCUUUGUCACCAUUGGCACUGUUGCCCAUACAAUCUGGUGGCCUUACCAUCCCCCAGAGCCACAAGGUUCCAAAAGAAAGGGAAAAAACUAUUCCAAGUCUCACAUCCUUCAUCCUUAAGUGCUCAGAGCCCUUCAGUCAAUCUGAUCAGUUUAGAUCAUCGAACAAGCAGGAGGAAGCACCAUUUAAGGCACUGAUCCAUCAGACUCUCAGGUCUUCUGAUAGCUCCAUUUGGUCAAGAAACAUGUGCCCCUUUCGGAAGGCUAACCAUCACAGACAACUCAUGGAGAGGAAGGAGAAGUGGAAAUCCAAGGAAAUAGAAGGACGUGACAAAAUUGAAAUCUUUCACUUUAAAAAGGGGCACUCUUUGAUGUCUUUUACAAAUUUUAAGGAUGGCAAUACUCCCACAGAUAGGAAAGAGGAUAUUGACUGCCAUGGUGGUAAAACGACAAAAGCAGAAGAAGAAAGCUCUCAAUAUCUUUCAUCAAGAAGGAAAGAGAGUUCAGUAGCCGGAAACUGUGAACAAGAUCCAGAAUUUGAAUGUACCAUUCCAAGCAAGCUCCAAGAAGCCCAAUAUUCAGAGAUAGCUCCAAGCCAGGAUGAAAAGGUGAGAAAUAAUAAAACUGGUUCAAAAAGUGCUUUGUUAUAUAAGGGUCAAGCAAUUGAACCAAACAAUAUUUUAGAAGAGUUUACUCUACUUAAAAGCUUGUCCACUGGAGUCAUUGAUGACCCAGUGGAAAAACUCCAAAAAUGUCAGAAUGUCAUGGAGACAAACAGAGAAGUAUCAAUGGAGGAAGCAGCCAAACCAGAAAUGAAUGCGAUGGUGCCUCUUAUCCAUAUCACUUUCCCUACAAAUGAAACCCCCAAGGAACCAGCUAUAGCCAAACCAAACCUCCGAAAAAGAAGGGGAACCACACACAAUAGCCGUAGCGUCAACAUACUUGCACACCAGGAACACGACAAACGCAAGAUGAAUACACAUAGAAAUAAACCGGAUUCGAAGACCAAGAUAAGUAAUAAGACAUCUCAGAAUUGCAUGAUUUCUGCUGAAGGCUGCAAUAAGCCUACCAUGCAUAAAACCAGCAUAAAAACUCAAAUUUUCCCUGCUUUGGGGUUUGUUGACUCCAGGCUUCAGCAGUCACCCAAGUUUCAAAGAAGAAUGCCACAGAUAGAAAAGAAGCCAUCAGCUUACCGGACUCAGAAACCUAAAAAGCAAUCGUUUCCUUGCAUCUGUAAAAAUCCAGGAACAAAAAAGUCACACGUUCCUUUCUCUGUUCGACCAACAGAGCCAAGACUAAAUUACCCAGAUCUUAAAUAUAGUGACAUGUUUAAAGAAAUCAAUUCAACUGCUAAUGGUCCCGGAAUCUAUGAGAUGUUUGGGACCCCUGUUUAUUGUCAUGUUCGAGAAGCUGAACGACAUGAAAACAAGUAUUACCAAGAGAUAUGCUCGGCUCCAUCAGGCAGGUGUAUCACCAAUAAAUGUCGAUCUUCACACAGUGAGAGGAACAGCAAUAGCAGAACAAGAUGUUCUCAGAAAAGACCACAUAUUAAGCCCACAAAGUCUUCACUUGGCACAAAACAAGAGCACAAAGUCUUAAUUUCUAAAGAAAAGAGCUGUAAGGUUGCAGGUAGCAACCUAUCUGAUGUUGAAAAGAGUGAUGAUAUUUUAGAACCACACCGGCAAAUAAAAUCUUCAGGAAAUGACUUUCUAUCUUCCAAACAUGAAGUUCAUCCCAUGAACUUGGCUCACACUUCUGAACGGUCCACUGACCAGAACGAAUUCCUUCCUGUUUCAGUCUUAUCCAUUGUUGAAGAAGUUUCUAUGGAAGAGUCUGCUGAUGAAGGAGACAUUUCUAACCAUCAAAUACUUGCCAUGAGCCUCAGAGAUCUGCAAGAACUUGAAGAGCUGCAUCACCAAACUCCAUUUGUCCCUUCAGAAAACAGCUGGGCAGUACCCAGUGAGAAAAGCACUAAGAAUGUACUGCGAGAAGAACAGAAUACAAUAUCUUUCAGUAAAAUAAAUGCUAAUCAAAUUUUAGCUAAUGAUCUAGAGUUUGAUAGUGUUUCAGACAAAUCUAAAACACUUACGAAUUUCUCUUUCCAAGAGAAACAAGAAAGUUCAUCUUCCCAGACAUAUCAGCCUUGGGUACAUUCUUUGGAUCAUGAUAGUUUGGAAAAUACUUCAAUUGCAGGUGAAAUGUUCAGAAAAACUUUUAAUUAUGCAAAUUCAAUUUCCCAAGAAAGCCUGGACUCCUUAAAAAACGAAGAAUUGACAGAUGAACUAUUAGGUUGUCUAGCUGCAGAAUUAUUAGCUCUUGAUGAGAAAGAUAAUAACUCUUGCCAAAGGAUGGGGAAUCAAACAGAUCCUGAAAACCUAAAUCUUAGUAGGAGAGCAAAUGCCACAAAAGAAUUGGGGAGAGAGAUAACAAACAUCAAAAUACAGAGACAUAGUGAUGGGUUCAGUAUAUAUGACAGGGAGGAGAAAUUUCUCAUCUCAGAUGGAAAGAAGACAUUUUCUGAAAAUACUUUAAAAUAUGAAGAGUCUAUCUUGUGGACCAAGGGUGAGAUCCUUGGGAAGGGAGCCUACGGCACAGUAUACUGUGGUCUCACUAGCCAAGGGCAGCUAAUAGCUGUAAAACAGGUAGCUUUGGACACCUCUGAUAAAUUAGCUACUGAAAAAGAAUACCGGAAACUACAGGAAGAAGUAGAUUUACUCAAAGCACUGAAACAUGUCAACAUUGUGGCCUAUUUGGGGACAUGCUUGGAAGAGAACAUUGUGAGCAUUUUCAUGGAGUUUGUUCCUGGUGGUUCAAUCUCUAGUAUUAUAAACCGUUUUGGGCCAUUGCCUGAGAUGGUGUUCUGUAAAUAUACAGAACAAAUUCUGCAAGGUGUUGCUUAUCUCCAUGAGAACUGUGUGGUGCAUCGAGAUAUCAAAGGAAAUAAUGUUAUGCUCAUGCCAACGGGAAUAAUAAAGCUGAUUGAUUUUGGCUGUGCCAAGCGUUUGGCCUGGGCAGGAUUAAAUGGCACCCAUAGUGACAUGCUUAAGUCCAUGCAUGGGACUCCGUAUUGGAUGGCCCCAGAAGUCAUCAAUGAAUCUGGCUAUGGAAGGAAAUCGGAUAUUUGGAGCAUUGGCUGCACUGUGUUUGAGAUGGCCACAGGCAAACCUCCACUGGCUUCCAUGGACAGGAUGGCAGCCAUGUUUUACAUUGGAGCACACCGAGGGCUGAUGCCUCCUUUACCAGACCACUUCUCUGAAGACGCAGCAGACUUCGUACGUGUGUGCCUAACCAGGGAUCAGCAUCAGCGACCUUCUGCUCUCCAGCUUCUGCAGCACUCCUUCUUCAAGAGAAGCCACUGA